ACCGUAGGCAUGUGAUUUCAGAUACCAUCAAUAAAUUUGUUUGGUAGACUGGAAGAAAGACUUUUGCAGGAAAUAGGUGAAUAGCAGGAGCAACAGCCACCACUUCACCACCAUUCCACCACUACCAUGACAACUUAUGAAGUUGGAGCCACUGCAAACAAUUGUGAAUAGCUUGGAAUACACUAGUCCAAGCAGGAGUCGGAAAAAGGUGAAUGCUUUGGAUAGGAGAGUUAAAGAGGCAAUAUGGAAAUUUGAAGACUCUUUGGAAUCCCUUAUCACUCAACACAUUCCUGAAACAGAUAUAGUCUCCAUUGAUCUGCAGAGUCUGCUAAAUGAUGCAAAUUCCUUGAUCCAGAAGCUCAAGGUUAUGGAGAAGGAGUACAGUUAUGAAGUAGAUAAUAUGCCUCAAGACGGACCUAUUUCCUCAAUAAUCGGUUUCCAUGGAACCAACUCGAAGAUGAUUGGAUUAUCAGACCAAUUCAAACAACUCAAAAGAGAUCUUAUAACUGCUGGAUCUGGCAGCUGGAUUCAUUUCCAUGCACUUUAUGGCACGGCAGGCGUUGGGAAGACCGCUCUUGCUAUGAAAAUCUACGAAGAUCCAGAAAUUCAGAGCAAAUAUGAGUGUCGCGCGUGGGUCACCGUAGGCAGAGUACCUCCUCAACCGAUGACUCCAAUUUCACAAGGCAUUCUUGCUCAGUUGUGUGGAAUUGAUGAAGAAAUAGGUGAGUGCUUGGAAGAAAGAUUGCAUGGCAAGAAUUGCCUCAUCGUGUUGGACGACGUUUGGGAGACACGUAGAUGGAAUUUAUCGGAAGAUAUAUUAACAAACAUCAACACUGGAGGAGGAGGUAUUCAAAUCUUGCUUACUAGUCGACAUCAAAAAUUGAUGAGCGGUCUGAGAUAUAAGAUAGAUUUAUCACGCGGGAUGAGUAUUAAAUCUUGGUAUGAGGUGCGGUUUUUGAACGAAGAAGAAAGUAUGGAGCUACUGUGUGAGAAGGUGUUUGGUGAUGAGGGUUGCCCUCCUCAACUCCACAAACUUGCCACCAAAAUUUCCAAGCUUUGUGAAGGUCUCCCUCUCUUGAUACUCAAUGUUGCUCACAUCCUAUCGGAAUCCGAGCACAAUAGAGAUCCAUUCUACUGGAAUGAAGUAGCAGAAAUGAAAAAUUCAGUCUUCAAGGAUGCAUAUAAUGAAAUAUCAAAGGUACUUUUACCAAGUUACCACUACUUGCCUGAACGUCUUAAAAUGCCUUUUCUGUUUAUCGGUGUUUUCGCUCAAGAUUAUUACACCCCCAUUUCCAAGAUCACCCUUAUGCUCAAAGCUGAGGGGUUGUGGGAUAAUUGGGAUUGUUUGAGAGAGCUAGCUAUCGAUUAUAGUCUUGUUUUAUGUAGCAUGAAGAGCGUGAAUAAAAAUGAUACUAAGAAGUAUAUUGGUGAGUAUAAAACUUGUCGGCUUCAUUCUUCAUGGCGGCACGUGUGUAGAGAAGAAGCUAGCAAGUACAAGUUUUAUCAUGUCUUAAAUAAGUUGAUCGAUGCCAAAGAAGAAAGUCUAAAAGGUCAGCGUGGAUUGUGUCUUGAAAAUAACAUUUUAUUCAGUAUCAGAGAGUUUUGCAACUCGGUGAGAUCGAACUGCGCAUUCUCUACCCGUUCUCUCCUUUUCUAUGGUCCUUACCACCAAUAUCCAAUUCCUAUAGAUGUCAGUUUCAUGUUGCUAAGGGAAAUAGAUGCUCUUCAAUUGCGUUUCUAUACCUUCCCAACGGAAAUUCUGUCACUAGUUCAACUAAAGUACCUUGCUCUAACUUGCAACGGAGAAGUACCUGCAACUAUAUCAAAACUUUUCAACCUCCGAGCCUUGAUUAUCCAUCCUCAUCUGAAUAUUAUAUGUUGUGAAUCUCCAUCAUAUGUACCAAUACAAAUAUGGGAUAUGCAUGAGUUAGAGCAUAUUGAGAUAUUGGGAAAGAGUCUUGGAGCUCCAUCUCAUGUUGCUGCUUAUUUGAAAAAUCUGAAAACACUUGUAGGUGUGAAUGCUAGCAUUUGUACUGUAUUGGAGCUCUCCACAAGGAUUCCCAACAUAAGGAAAUUAGGAAUACAGAUUGAGCUAACGCCUUAUGACGACCAUAACAACCUAUUGAGCUGUUUUGAUUGUAUUUCAUCACUUGAAAGUUUGAAGACACUCAAAUUAAGUAUCACAAAUCCUGUAGUCAAUCAUGGUAAUGUUUUCUUGGUGACUCGUGAGUCACUGAAGUUUCCACAAGGUUUGAAAAAGUUACAUAUGAGUGGCAUGGGUUUUUCCCUGGGAAUAUAUGGAUGUUAUUGGCUCUUUGCCAUUCUUCGAGUGCUCAAAUUGCGUUCCUACGCCUUUCAAGGGUCACACUGGGAAGCACAAGAUGGAAGUUUUAGGAGUCUUCAGUUUCUUCUAAUUGAAGAAAGUGACUUGGUGCAAUGGGAAACCGGGAUACGGAAGCUUCUCUAG